AUGGCAAAUCCUGCUCCUGCGAGCUUCGCCACUCAAGCAAACGCGCUUCUUCGCAAGAACAUAACUUUUCAGAAACGGAACGUGAAAACCAACGUUCGGCUGAUUCUGUUCCCGGUGGGGCUGUGCUUGUUGCUUUUCGUGCUCCAACUCAUAGUCGACGCGCAAUUCGAUCAAAGCAGCUUCAAAUGCGGCUGCGUCUGUGCCGACAGAAGAACCAAACUCUCUCAGUGCCCUGAGUCAGAGAAGCGGUGUGGGGUCCAGUAUUCCAAUUCCUUACAGGCCGCUCUGUGCCCCAUUUCCAAACCCACCGAAUGGCCACCGUUCUUGCAACUUCCGGCUCCCUCAAACCGGGCCGUCCGAAACGGGUUUCUUCCCUUUUACGAUUUGCCAGAUGCAUCGUGCAGGAGAACCAACUCGUGUCCUCUUUCUCUGCUCUUCACCGCAGAGAAUCACUCCUUUGCGUUAAGCGUGUCUGCGAAGAUGUUUGGAAGUUCUCUGAGUAUAAGUGAGUUUGGUGGUGAUUUCUUAGCUGGUUUGGCCGUGAAUGUACUGGGAUCUGAAUCAAUACCUCGGAGGAACAAUUAUAUUGAACCUGCUUUUAUUUCGGGUCUCCCCAUUUAUUAUUUACAAACCAACUGCACAGGAAAAGAGAAGUCUGGACUCUCCCUUCCCUUGGUGCCAGGAGCAAACAUUGAGAUCAAAUGUGCUCAGGCUCUAAAUUUAUGGCGUAAUAGCUCUUCUGAGAUCAACAGUGAGCUAUACAAAGGUUAUCAAAGAGGUAACACAGAAGGACAAGUCAAUGAGAUAGUUUCAGCUUUUGAUUUUCUAAAUUCAAACCGGAAUAGAUAUAAUGUCAGUAUAUGGUACAACUCAACCUAUAAUCAAGGCAAUGGAUUUGGUGCUAAUGCAUUAUCGCGGAUUCCUCGCUCUGUAAAUCUGAUUUCAAAUUCCUACCUUCAGUUUCUGCUUGGAGCUGGAACCAAAAUGCUAUUUGAGUUUGUAAAGGAAAUGCCAAAGCCUGAGACCAUCUUUAGGCUUGACAUAUCUUCUAUUCUGGGCACUCUGUUCUUUACAUGGGUCAUCUUGCAACUUUUUCCUUUUCCUCUCAGCAUGUUGUUGAAGCCUUAUUUUCUGCAGACGGUCCCAAUUGCAAGCUUCUCUCAUGCUUCUUGGCAAGAAUAA